GGGAAGGGGAAAGGGGGGAAAGGAGAGAGAAGUCUUCUCAUUAUGUCGACUGUAGCUCCAGAGCGCCACAAGCUAGAUCCACCCCCUCUCGAUGAAUUGGCAAACGCGCUAAGUGACGGUUUGGCGCGGUUCUUUGCGGAUGUGCUUGUGGAGGUCGUGGACUGCCCAGGUGACGACAGACAAUUCCACGCGCACACACUGCAGUGCGCCCUGUAGCCUGCAAUCGUGGCUGGGAAAUCUUGUUGUUUGCAGAUCUGACAGCCGCGCCCUUUGGGUGUGCCUUUUCUGCCCUCGGGGGCGACCCAUGCAUCAUCGGUGAGGCAUCUCAGCAAGCGCACAAACGCUCUGGACCCAUGAAUGAGUGCAUUCAGAUGUCGGCGGGGUGGACAAUCUGUUCCCGUGUGCGCGGAGGGGCAAGUACUUCGAUCUCUCAGCUAUCGAGCAGCAGAUAGGCGCGGGCCGGUCGUGCUUCAUCGGCGCUGGUGCGGGCCCCUUCCAGGAGGUCCAGCACAACUGCGAGUGGAUAUGCAACGUCAGACUGCCUGAGGCCAAUGAGUCGAGGUGCGCCGUCAUGGAGGGGACGGACAAGGGGAGCGGCUACACCAUUGAGAGGCCAAAGACCACCUGCUUUGGCAUACUCGGCAACCUAUACGCUUGCAAAGGUGAGCAGAGGGCAGACGCGAAGCCGUGUGUGAUGCAUAUGCAUGUGUGUGUGUGGAUGUGACUGCAUCCGUGUCGUGUGGGUGUGCAGGUGAGCCGUGCAAAGUGCUGCACAUCAAGGCCGGUCGGCGGACGGGCAAGGAUCCCUCUGGCAAGGACCUCCCCCAGUGCCUCGCAUCCAUCCUGGCGUCCUCUUUCCCCUCCCGGCCGGUCUCUCUGGGUGGUGUCAUGGCCAUGCACGCUGGCAAGGCGCGGCUGCACAUCAUGUCUGACUUCACCGACGACCCCAUCCGCAGCAAUGAUGCGAUUGAAAACUGGCUCAACUACUUUGAGGUGCCUGCCCCCAUGACCUUCAUGUUUGUGUCGACCUCCAUCGACCCUGGGAUGGACCUCAGGUCGGUCGGUCGGUCACUCAGUGGGUGGGAGAGAGGCCCCCAGCAUGAGAGUGGAUGCGUGUUGUGUGUUGUUUGUUGCAGGACUGUUCACACUCACGGGUGGCAUGAGGGCAAGUAUGGGGGCCACUAUCACAACGACACCACACCAGAUGAGGUCAGGGGGUGGGUGGGCAGGGAUGCCAUGCCAUGCCGGCCUGCAUGCCGGCAUCGUGGGCUUACAGGGAUGUGUGUGUGUGUGCCUGCGCGUCUGCAGGUGAGCUACGAGGUGUAUGUGAAUGUGGCCGAGUGCAUCUACCGCAUCGAUAGGGUCAGUGAGGGGGCAAUGGGGAGAAUAGACAGACAGCUGGACGAGACCGCGGACACCUCCCUCUCUCUCUCUCUCUCUCUGUGGGUGUCUGUCUGUCUGUCUGUGUGUAGGUCUCUCAAACGCCUGACUUCAACCGCCCAUGUUGAUGCUGUCUGCCCUAAGCGAUGCUGCUUUGUCUGUGUCUUAGUUGCGUUUUCGUCUGUGCAUCCAUCCCGUGUGUGGACGCUAAUGAUGGGUGCCAUGUGGAGACGACUCAGGGAUGAGUGUGGAGGCUUGAGCAUUCACCUACACCACACGUGGUUGCGCCCCACUCAGACUCACGCUUCAUCACGGCUGAAGAGCCGAGACACUCGCCGGUGACCGGCCCGACAGACAGACAGGCAGACAGACAGAGAGACAGACAGGCAGACGACUGUAUCUCAU